AGCAUUACAGCCCUGGGAGCCCGGAGGGGUCUGGGCACCAGGACAGUGCCACCACCCCGUGUGGCAGGCAGCAAGGGGCACCAGCUCCUCCCGGUCUUAUGGCAGAAUGUGGGGCACAGCGGGCACGGGGGCGCGGAGCAUCCGGCCCUACCAGUCCAGCCAGCAGUACCUGUAUGCCAUGAAGGAGGACCUGGCAGAGUGGCUGAAGGAGCUCUAUGACCUUGACAUCGAGGUGGGCACCUUCUUGGAGGUGCUGGAGACAGGGGCUGUGCUUUGCUGCCAUGCCAACCACGUCACCCAGGUGGCCGAGGAGUUCAGCCGUGCCUGCCCCGACCUGGCCCAGCACCUCCACCUGCCCACCACUGGUGUCACCUGCAACCUCACAGCACAGCCAGGCACCUUCCAGGCCAGGGACAACGUCUCCAACUUCAUCCAGUGGUGCAGGAAGGAAAUGGAUAUCAAAGACGUGCUGAUGUUCGAGACAGAGGACCUGGUGCUGAGAAAGAACGAGAAGAACUUUGUGCUGUGCCUGCUGGAGCUGGCACGCCACGCCUCCCGCUUCGGAAUGCGCGCCCCGACCCUGGUGCAGAUGGAGGAGGAGAUCGAGGAGGAGAUCAGGCAGGAGCUGGAGCUGCCCCCCAUGGACACCGCCCUGCCCCGGCCCCCCAGGACACCACGGGACCUCAACAACCUCGACCAGAUGGUCCAGCACCUGGUGAGCCGCUGUACCUGCCCUGUGCAGUUCCCCAUGAUCAAGAUCUCGGAAGGGAAAUACCGUGUUGGGGACACUGACACCCUCAUCUUUGUCCGGAUCCUGCGGGAGCACGUCAUGGUGCGGGUCGGGGGCGGCUGGGACACGCUGGAGCACUACCUGGACAAGCACGACCCGUGUCGCUGCACCUCGCUCUCUCACAAACAAGCCUGCAAAGCGCGGAGCCCGCAGCAGAAAGCGCAGCACGAGGUGCGGCUGUGCCCGGCCCCGAGAGCCGCUGCCCGCAGCCCCCAGCCCGCACUGCUGGUCAGCCGCUCCCAGAGCCCCCUGCCCCCUGUCCCCUGGGGGGCCCGUGUCCCCCCCAGCCCCCGCUCCCCAGGCUCCACAGAGGGCUCGGCUGGCCGCCAGGGUGCCAGCCCUCACCGGGAGCCAGCGCAGCCCCGGAGGGUCCCUUCGGGCAGGAUGCGGGAGCCACCCGCGGUCCCUCUGGGGACACAGCCGCCACCAUCGCGGUCACCUGCUCGACCCGGCUCCCCUGGGCACGGGCCGAGGGGCCGGGCACCCACCCCGUCCCGGCUGAGCUUCCCCAGGGCACCGCAAGGGACCAGCCCGGGGAAAACCACCCCCGUGGCACCGGCACCCAGCCCACGGACGGUACCAGCGCCUCCAAGAAGCACCCAGCAAGGAGGAAAAUCAUCUGUGGCGGCUGCCAGGCCACAGGAAACGAGGGCACCCACCACAGUGACACCCCGAGCCCCCAGUCCCCUAAAGGGCCGUGCCCCCAGUCCCCUAAAGGGCCGUGCCCCCAGUCCCCUAAAGGGCCGUGCCCCCUCCUCACAGCGGGAUGCUCCGGGAGACUCACAGAGCCUGAACACCCCACGGGAAGGGAGACAGGGAGCCCUUGGCCGGGGCCCACAGCCCUCACCCCGAAAUUCCUCCAGCCACCCCCCGAAACUGGACAGCGGGGUUAAACCUCCCAUCAAAGCCAGCCUGGCCCCGUCCCGGCCCCCCACCCCUCUGGGCCGUUCUGCACAGGGGUGCAAGGUCUGUGCCGCUGGGGACGGUCCCCAGGGGACACGGCAGUGCCACCCUGCCCCGAACCCGAGGGCUGGGCGUCCUAAAGGAGCUCGGGCGGCAGAGGAUGAAGCCGGGCGUGCCUGUGGCAAUGGGCCCGAGGGGCUCCGGGGGUGCUGCGGGAACUCGCAGCCCCCCGGCUAUGACAGGGUGCUGGAGGAGCUCUCCCGAGGGCCGCAGCCCCUGCGCCCUGUGGGGAUGCGGUGCCAGCUCCCCAGAACACCCACAGCGGAGCUCCCAGCCCCGGGGGAGGCAGAGCGGCCGGGAAUGGGGGCCCAGACCCCGCGGGGACCCAGGGCCAGCACGGCCACCAAGCCCCGGCGCUGCCUGAAGAAGCCCGAGCGUGUGCCCUCCAUCUACAAGCUGAAGCUGCGGCCCAAGGUGCGUCCCCGGCGGGACCACCGGCCGGGCAAGCGCCCCUCGCGCAUCCCCACCCCGCUGGGACAUCGCCCCGCUGCCCCCCGGCGCCAGCACCGCCCCCCGGGGCCCCCCCGAGCCCCCCAGAGCGGCGGCACACGGUCCGGCCCCACGGCCAAACCCUCCCCGAGUGACAGCGGCACCUGGCUGAGCGAGGAUGAUGAGGAGUCGUGGGUCUGAGCCCACCCCGAGAGCCGGUGGGGACUGACGGACAGACGGACAGAGGGACAGACGGACUGACGGACAGAGGGACAGACGGACCCCUCCCUCCAAAGGUGGGAGCGAUGCUGAGGCUGAAGCUGGAGCUGCAGUGCCCGAGGAUGCCCAGGGCAGCACGGUGGGGUUCCACUUUUUGGAGCUGCACCCCCUCCUUCCCAAUGGGUUUUAUCUGUACUGGUAACCCUGCUAAGCAGGCACUUUUGUAGUGGUUUGGGUGGGAAAAUCCAGCCCCAAAUGGAGAAAAUGGGAUGCCUUCUGCAGGAGGAGGGGUUUAGCCCCCCCAAAGCAGGGACACCCCACCUGUGACAUCCAUAAAAACCAUCCUGUACCUCAGUGUUCCCCGUUCUGCACCAUGGGACCAGUGAGCCUCGUCUGACAGAGCCUUCACGAGUGCUUGGGUCACUCAGGUCGGGGGGGCACAGGAGGGGACCCUUGCUGACCCCCAUGGUGGCUGUGGCUCCUUCUGGGCUGCUGGAUGUCACCGAGGGCCACAGCAGCACUGCUGCACCCUGAGCUCACAGCCACGGACCCAGCAACGCCGUUUGUGCAAUAGAGACGAACCAAAGCCCUUCUAUUUCCACACCUUUUCUGUGUGGGUGGGGAGGGAGAGAGGAUAAUCCUGAUGUGGGCACAGCAAACAUCCCUCUGAGAACCCCACAAGGCCCAGGAGAGCCCCAUUUUCCAUGAGAGGAUGAAGUCAGCCCCACUUCCCUGCAGAGGAGCAGCAAAUGUGAGCACUGGGACUCCUGCAAUGCAAAACCUGCCGGCAAAAACACUCCCGAGGCUGGUACGGAGCAAGGGGGACAGACCUGAUUUUUAAUUCAAUUUCAAAGAAGGAGGUGCAGGGCGUCACAGGCGGUGUAGACACCUCGGGAAUCUCCAACAAGGAGUCCAGGGGGGAAAGGAAAGCCAAGUCCAGGCAACUGGGAUGCUCAGUGGGGCAGGAGGAGGAGGAGGAGAGGGAAGCAUCCUUGGUGGGGCUGAACUGAACCCAGGCAUCACCUCCACGAGCACGGGGGCAGAAACCUGGCACUGCCCUGGGGACAUGCCAGCCUGUGCCAGGCCCAGGUUGCUCUCAGCAGGACCAGGGUGGCGUUGGGUGAGUGGUAAAUCUGUAGUAAAGUGUGAGUAGGGCGCUCCCGGCUGCUGCUGGCUGCCGUGUGCUCUGAUCCCUGUGCCUGGACACCUCGGAUCUUCCUGCCUGGGAUUCCCUGCCUGCACCCAGGGUGCCACCAGCACCACCCACCCCUCCCUGGGCUCUUGGGAAAGUAGCUCUUGUAGCCCUCGUUUUCCCGGGAGCUGGGAAAUGCUGUCGAAGCAGUGAGAGUUGUUAUUAUUACUAAUAUAACUUCCUCUGUCUAUAAAGUACAAUAGAAUAUAACAAUUAUAUUUAUAACCUUUUUGUUUUUUUCUUCAAAAUACUAAAUAGAUGCUAUAAAAACCUGUAACUAAUUGUGCUAUAAACUGCAGGCUACAGGGUUAUAACAAACAAUGUAUUGGCUUAGUCGUUGAUAUGUGUAGGUCGGAGCACUCCAUAAAUGCUUUAUUAUUAGCAUUUACCAAGGAAUUUCCUUCUCAGACAAUUUGGAGGGACAAAGCUCUAGCCAGAGAUCGAUAAGUGGACUCAUAUGUGUUAAUAAAUCCUGACAGGAUGAGCUUGGAUGGGGGAGCCAGGUUUGCCAUGAAGGCGAGGGAUGGUGACAAAAGCCACUGCCCUUCCUGGCUGAGAUGGACACGUGUCCCCCCAUUGCCUUUCCUAAUUUUUCCCUUUUUUUUUUUUAAUUUUUUUUAAAUUUUGGAUCAAGGAGUUUGAUUCCCUAAGCAGGGAGGGAGCAGCAGGAUGAACUCCCAGCCCUGGCACAGGGAUGGGGAGGUGAGAGGCACUGGAGCUCAGCUGGAGCUGCUUUAAUGGGAAGCAUUUCCCAGAGCACAGUGGAGCUGCUGGGCCCUGGCCCUGGCUGUGCUGGGGGACAGGGCUGGGUGUCCUGUUUUGCUGCCCAGAGCAGCGCUGAGCC